GCAUUCUUGUAACGUGUUAGUUCAUCAGGAUUCCAUUAAGUUGGCGGACUUUGGAUUAUCAAAAAGGAUUGAUGAAACGUCUAAAUCACAAUCAAAAUUACUUGGAAUGAUUCCCUAUAUUGAUCCAAAAAUAUUAAUGGAUAACAAUUUAAAAUCAAAUGAGAAAAGUGAUAUAUACAGUAUCGGAGUUUUGUUAUGGGAAAUAUCGAGUGGGAAACCACCAUUCCAUGAAGAGAAAUAUGAUUUUAAUUUAAUGUAUAAAAUUUCACAGGGUCGAAGGGAAAUAAUUGUUCCAAAUACUCCUAAUGAUUAUUCCAAUCUUUAUACUGAAUGUUGGAAUAAUGAACCAAGUAAACGACCAACCAUA